UGUGUUAAAAACAUAAUCAGCUCGAUCAAUCCAUCGAUGAUUCUGGCUGUAUCGAUGGUGAAUGUCAUUGUGCAACUAAUCACAUUAGUUAUCUCGCAAAUUACUGCAACCGCUCAAUAUGCGUUUCGAGAAUGUGCCACUGUUGCUUGUGAGGAUGAUAUCAUUGUACCGGCAUGGAUUUCACCUUUCCCGUACAACUCUUCUGAGCUACUGAUUACGAAGAGUAGAGAACGAAUUGCGAAACAUCGCGAUUUCCAACAGGAAUCGUUAUCCGACUCAGAGGACAACGCUAAUCAAAAGGAACAGGAAAAGGAAACCUGA